UUUUCCCUCUUCUUUCUUUCUUUAUGCUCAGAUCCAUCGCCUUUAAACACCCAUUUGAUCAAUUCAUCACAGAGGCGGAGGUGUUUCAUUCAAUUUCUCUGGGACAGAAUCGAAUUCAUCAUCGGCGGAGAAAACUGAAAACUGGUAUUUUCUUGUAGACGCAGGGGAGGAGUGAAUGACUGAAUGUGAAUGUCACUUCUUGUUUUAGCUAUUUCCAUCUUUCCUUAAUCAUCUGGUAUGAACUGAAUAUCCAAUAUCAUUCAAAUACUAACGUUGUCCAAAUCUCUCUAAACUUAAGAUCAAGAAUUUGGAAGUAUGAUUCAGUUGUUGUUCUUGGUCCUCUUUGCCGAGGCUGUGUUGGCAUUUUUGCUAAUGGUGAGAAUUGGGCCAUCGAGGGAGCUAGUGAUGAAGGGUUUGGAUCAGAUCAAGAUGGGUAAAGGUCCAGCCACCAUUAAAACAGUUGCUGGUACUAUGUUUGUGAUUCUAUUAUCCAAUUUCUUUAGUAUUGUCAAGAUUCAGAACAAGGGUUUUAAGGUUGGUACUAUGACACCUAUGGAUCAAGUUCUCUGGAGGACCAACUUGCUAGAGGCAUCCCUCAUAGGAUUCUGUCUGUUUCUGGGAUUCCUAAUUGAUCGAAUGCACCAUUAUUUCGGCAAAUUAGCUAGCAUGAAAGAUAGAGUGGGACCAACGAAGGUCGACAUGGAAAAGCUGGAGAAAGAGAACGCUCAACUUAAAGAGAAAGAAGCAAAAGCGAAAGAUGAAAUGAAAAUGCUUGAAAAGGAGAUAUCGGCAUUGAAGGAGAAUGCAAGCAAAGUGAAGAUGGGUUUGGAGGAGAAAGAUAAGCGAAUUGAAAGUGCAGAAACCCAUGUUGCUGCACUUCAGAAACAGUUUGGAGAUUUACUUCUUGAAUAUGAUCAUCUCUUAGAGGAGAACCAAAAGUUGCAGCAAGCUAAAAAACAACAAUCCGGGGCUUAAUAAUAAGAUCAAAUUGGUCAAUUUUGAAUUUGAAAUAGGCUUCUCUUAAACUGUAAAGUAGGUUGGUUGUUGGUUAACUUUCGAACAUGUGUUUGGUAAACCAAAGUUUCUUUUGAAGUAAAGAAAACUUACACUUAUUUUAUAUUUUAAACCA